GUACAAGCGAGUUGAGAACAAAUUUGAUUACCACAAAACGGCAUGUAAAAAGGGCAUACAUACGUAUGAACGUGCAUAUACAUUUGUGAAGCUUAGCUUUGACGACUCACGCGAUAAAUGGCGUAGCAGAAGAAACACACUGCCUCUCCCCGAAGGAACAAACAGCUGUGCUAUGUUCAUACCGAUUCGGGGGCAAAUGUACAGAGACGGGCACGAACACCAUGGUGAGCCUUUUCCAAAUUCACAAAAGGUUCAUGUAUUGGCCUCCAAAAAAUAAAAUAAAAACCAUAAAGUUCCCCUCAGGGAAGAAGAGCUUCAUUUUUAUCGGCAAAAGGGAUGAAGAUGGGAAGGACGAGCCGCUUUUAUGCUUUGUCGACAACCAAAACCAUAAGCUGACUUGGAUGAACGAAGAGGAGGUCCUGAAUUUGGAAAAGCUGAUGCCCCGACUAGACAGCUACUUCUCCCUCUACUUGGAAAAAGCCCAAAAGAUCAAGGAGCAGAAUGCAACCCUUAAUGAAGAAAUGAACAGAUCUUUACAUGAUUAAAAAAAAACAAAGUAACAAAAAAAAAAAAAAAAGAGAAAGAGAGAGGGAAGCACACAUGAGAUAGUAAAAAGGACGCUUAGCACU